AUGGGGGAUAAAUUCUGGUUAAAUGAAGAGGACAAGGCUAUGGUGGAGAGUGUAUUAGGCAGUGAAUGUGUUGAGUAUUUUGUUUGGUCCGCUUCAAAUGAAGUGCUGUCGGAGUUCACUGUAUCAAGUGGAGAUUUAGGAGUGCAACAGGAGCUUUGCCGGAUUCUUGAAGGGUCGGAUUGGACUUAUGCCAUUUACUGGCAAGUUUCAAAAUCCAGAUCCGGUAAACCUGCCUUGAUUUGGGGUGAUGGACAUUGUCGAGAACUGAAGGAAGGUGACAAUAAAGGUGGAAAUGGUACCAAGAAUCAAAAUUUAGCAGAAGAAAAUAGGAAAAACCUAGUGCUUCAGAAGAUUCGUGCUAGUUUAGGACGAUCAGAAGAUGAUAAUGUUGUGCCUAAGCUAAAUCGGGUUUCUGAUGUUACAAUGUUUUAUCUCAUGUCAAUGUACUUUGUAUUCCCCUUCGAUAAGCCAUCCAUUCCUUCUCAGUCAUUUAAUUCUGGCAGAACAAUUUGGGUUUCAGAUGAGAAAAGUUGUUUAGAAUAUUAUCAUUCAAGAUCGUAUUUAGCAAAGUCUGCUAAUUUUGAGACAUUAGUGUUUGUUCCAACGAUAUCAGGAGUCGUGGAGAUUGGUUCCAGAAAGUCAAUUCCCGAGGAUAAGUAUGUGAUUGAAUUAGCAAAAUCUAUGUUUAGGAAUUCAAAUUCGACAGAGACAAAAACAUUUCCAAAAUUAUUUGGGCAAGAAUUAAGUCUAAGAGGUGUCGUAUCAGAUCCAAUCAGUAUUAGUUUUUCUCCGAAUGUGGAAGAUAUUUCCGGUUUUCCUUCGGAAUCACAUAGUAUACAGACAUUAGGAAGUAGUGGCCAAGUAUGUGUAAACUCAUCAAAUGGGCAUCAAAUUGAUGAUGGUGAAGCAAAACAGUCUCCACAUAUAAACCAAAAAAUUGUUGGGCAACCAAAAUCACAAACUCAGCAGGAUUUGUUUAUUGAACCUGAAGUGCAGAAACCUAAAAAGAGGGGUCGGAAGCCGGCCAAUGGAAGGAAAGAACCGUUAAAUCACGUGGAAGCCGAAAGACAGAGACGUGAGAAGCUUAACCAGCAGUUUUAUGCAUUAAGAGCCAUAGUCCCAAAUAUAUCCAAGAUGGACAAAGCGUCUCUGCUUGGAGAUGCGAUAGCCUACAUCACAGAUCUUGAGACGAAGAUAAGGAUCUUGGAAUCAGAGAAAGAGACGGUGAUCAACAGGCAAAAGUGGUAUGCUAUCCCAGAAAUUGAUUUUCAACCGAGGCAUGAAGAUGCAGUUGUACAAUUAAGUUACCCACUGGAUUCUCACCCCAUAUCGGGGGUUGUAAUGACAUUGAGAGAGCAUCAAGUAAUGGCGCAAGAGUGUGAUGUGUCCAUAUCCGAUGAGGCUGAGGUAGUUCACACAUUCUCCAUUCAAACACAGAGCGGCGCUGCAGAUCAGUUGAAGGGGAAGUUAGCUGCUUCUCUCUUGAAAUGA